CGCUCCGAGUGGCUCCCGGGUCCGAGUCCCGCCGGGCACCUUCGCUGGCCGUGCGCACAGCUGCGCGGAGCAUGGCUCAGGAGCUGUUCCACCCCGAGUUCGCCCGCGCGGGCCGGCAGGCGGGGCUGCAGGUCUGGAGGAUCGAGAAGCUGCAGCUGGUGCCGGUGCCCGAGGGCGCGCACGGCGACUUCUUCGUCGGGGACGCCUACCUGGUGCUGCACACGGCGAGGGCCAGCCGCGGGUUCGCCUACCGCCUGCACUUCUGGCUGGGAAAAGAGUGCUCCCAAGAUGAGAGCACAGCCGCCGCCAUCUUCACUGUCCAGAUGGACGACUACCUGGGAGGCAAGCCGGUGCAGAGCAGAGAGCUCCAGGGCUUCGAGUCCACCGAUUUUGUGGGCUACUUCAAAGGAGGUCUGAAGUACAAGGCUGGCGGCGUGGCGUCGGGACUGAACCACGUGCUCACCAACGACCUGUCGGCUCAGAGGCUUCUGCACGUGAAGGGCCGCAGAGUGGUCAGGGCCACAGAAGUUCCCCUCAGCUGGGACAGCUUCAACAAAGGCGACUGCUUCAUCGUAGACCUUGGCCGCGAAAUUUACCAGUGGUGUGGCUCCUCAUGCAACAAAUAUGAGCGCCUGAAAGCCAGCCAGGUGGCCAUCGGCAUUCGGGACAACGAGCGGAAGGGCAGAUCUCAGCUCAUCGUGGUGGAGGAGGGAAGCGAACCUUCGGGGCUUAUUCAGGUUUUGGGGGCAAAGCCAGACCUUCCGGAUGGAGACAGUGAUGACGACGCCCUCGCCGACGUGAGCAACAGGAAGAUGGCCAAGCUGUACAUGGUUUCAGAUGCAAGUGGCUCCAUGCAGGUGACUCUGGUGGCUGAAGAAAACCCCUUCUCCAUGGCAGUGCUGCUUUCUGAAGAAUGCUUUAUUUUGGAUCAUGGUGCUGCAAAAAAAAUUUUUGUUUGGAAAGGUAAAGAUGCUAAUCCUGAGGAGAGGAGGGCUGCAAUGAAGACAGCUGAAGAAUUUCUACAGCAAAUGAAUUAUGCCACCAAUACUCAAAUUCAGGUUCUUCCCGAAGGAGGUGAGACACCAAUCUUCAAACAGUUUUUUAAGGACUGGAAAGAUAAAGAUCAGAGUGAUGGCUUUGGGAAGGUUUAUGUCACAGAGAAAGUGGCUCAAAUAAAACAAAUUCCAUUCGAUGCUUCAAAGUUACACAGUUCUCCGCAGAUGGCAGCCCAGCACAACAUGGUGGAUGAUGGCUCCGGCAAAGUGGAGAUUUGGCGUGUAGAGAGCAAUGGUAGAACUGAGAUUGACCCAAACUCCUAUGGAGAGUUCUACGGGGGCGACUGCUACAUUAUCCUUUACACUUAUCCCCGAGGAAAGAUCAUCUACACAUGGCAAGGAGCGAACGCCACACGAGAUGAGCUGACCACGUCUGCAUUCCUGACUGUCCAGUUGGAUCGGUCCCUUGGCGGGGAGGCCGUGCAGGUUCGGGUCUCCCAAGGUAAAGAGCCUGCUCAUCUGCUGAGUUUGUUCAAAGACAAGCCUCUCAUUGUCUACAAGAAUGGGACAUCAAAGAAGGGAGGCCAGGCCCCAGCGCCACCUGUGCGCCUCUUUCAAGUCCGCAAAAACCUGGCGUCUGUCACCAGAAUUGUGGAGGUCGAUGUUGAUGCAAAUUCAUUGAAUUCCAAUGAUGCUUUUGUCCUGAAACUGCCCAGAAGCAGCGGCUACAUCUGGGUAGGAAAAGGCUCCAGCCAGGAGGAGGAGAAGGGAGCAGAGUAUGUGGCAAGUGUCCUCGGGUGCAGCCCCGUGAGGAUUCAGGAAGGAGAGGAGCCAGAGGAGUUUUGGACCUCCCUCGGAGGGAAGGGAGACUACCAGACCUCCCCACUGCUGGAGACACAGGCCGAAGACCAUCCGCCCCGGCUUUACGGCUGCUCCAACAAAACCGGAAGGUUUAUUAUUGAAGAGGUUCCGGGAGAGUUCACCCAGGAUGAUUUAGCGGAGGAUGACGUUAUGCUGCUGGAUGCCUGGGAACAGAUAUUUAUUUGGAUUGGUAAAGACGCCAACGAAACUGAGAAGACAGAGUCACUCAAGUCUGCCAAAAUGUACCUUGAGACAGAUCCUUCUGGAAGAGAUAAGAGGACUCCCAUUGUCAUCAUAAAACAGGGCCAUGAGCCACCCACAUUCACAGGCUGGUUCCUGGGCUGGGAUUCCAGUAGGUGGUAAAUUGAGUUUUUGAAAAAAAAAAAAAAAAAAAAAAAAAAGAGCAAGCAUUAGAGGCCCAUGGAGGGCUGUUGUCCCAUUGCAGUGCAUGGGGGUGGGGGGGGGUGCAUUUUGUUUGUUUGCCUCCAAAAGAUUAAUCUCAGCUAAAUGGCUAUUUUUUUUUAUGGCUGGCAUUGGUUUACAUUCUUCUUAAAGGGAAUUUGUCAUGCUAAUAUGUUGAAAUAACCCUAAGUAAACUUUUGUUAAGGACCAAUAUUAGUUCUGGAAUCAGAUUUGUGCCUUGUUAUAUGUAUGUCCUUUUCAAUACAAAAUACUCUGUACUUUCUGGGAAUUUGUCAGGUAAGGUCUUGUAACUUAACAAACAUAAGCCAGACUUGUUCUUUAACAUGCCAGAGAAGAAAGCCAUUGUGCCUUUGAAGUUUUUUCUCUUUUCUAUGUAUUGUUUUCAAAAGAAAUAUAUAUUAGCAGUAAGGUUUAUAUUAAGAUGUCUUUAAAAAUGUACUUGCCUACUCUAGUCAAUGUGACUCUGAUCCCAUUUACUACUAAGUGCCAUUUUCCAAGAGAAACUUUUAUUUUGCCUUUUUAAGAGCCUUUGAAUUCUACCUUUUAUGAUACAUUGUGCUCUUAGCAGUUUAGCCAUAUAUAUUGGACAGUACAUGUUUAAUUUUAUAACAGAUAUGCACAGAAAAUUUUACUAAUGCUCUUUCAUCAUUAAAAUACAUC